AUGCAGGGCGGCAAGAAUCCCUCCCUUCCCCGUAUCGUGAUAGACCCUUCGUCACCUCAAUCCCCCAGUAUCUCCUGCACAUUCUCACCGUCAACACCCACAAACUCGACUUCGAACCGAUUGACAGCCAAGCCAUCGCAGUCACCAUCACAAGUGGAAUCAAGACCAGGGUUAGGACCCAGCAAGGCCCAUCCAUCCUUCCAGUCCAUCCUCCGCCAUCUACGCACCCCGCUCUGCCCCCUCGUCUCCAGCACCACGGGGCUGCAGCAUCCCAAAUUCCCCAAGACCCUCCUCGCCUACCACCUACUCACCUCCCGGCAACUGGACGAUCUAGCUCGUCACUUCCACCAGGUAUGGCCCCCGGUGGAAGCCACGACGGCAUACCCCGUGUCGAUCCCCGCGUGGAUCGGUACACAGGGCGAGAAGAGCGUCAACCUCCGUACGAAGCGGCGACGGUUUGGUCGCUUUAUUGGGCUGAGGGGGUGUGAGUCGCCUACUGUUAGUGAUCAUAGAGAGACGCUGGCAGGAUCUGCGAGUGAGGACGAAACGGAGGAGGAGCUUCUGGCGAGGAUGGAGUGGGAGUGGGAGCAGGGUCUUUUGCAGGCGCAGCGGGAUGAUCCUGAUGCUAUUUUGCGGUGGAAGGCAUGGGGGUGUUGA